AUGAGUCUUGCAUGUUAUUCUACUUGCCGCAUUCAGUUUAUACCUCGUGGACAACAAAAUUCCCAAAAUGAUUAUUCGGAGCGAUCAAUCGUUCAAUUGAUGCAACAUGAUUUCGCUGAUUAUUCCAUACAAGCACUUGACAUAGAAAAUAACCGAACAGAAAUUUUCAAUAUUCCAUUGAAACACAGAGAUACCUAUCAAUAUGGGCAGACACCAAAUGACCCUGAUCAAGUCCAUGAUCAACGUGGCACGUAUCAGUUAUGGAUCGGUGCGCCAUCACGAACGGGUUUUCAUGAAGCACUGGAAAUAUGUUUCGAACAACUAAGUAGCAUAAACGGUGAACCAUCACCACUACCAGCACCAGCACCAGCACCACCACAACAACAACGAUCAGUUUCUCUAAAAAGAAAUUCCCCAAUUCCUCCGGAGUCUACACCGCAAAGCAAUCGAAAUGAUAUUUUGGCGGAUGUUUACGAAUUGGGUGAACAAAUUCGAUCAGGUCAUGUGAACGAAGCUGUUGAAUUAGCAAGAAAAUUAGCUCAGGCACAUGUACAGCUAAAAGCUAGCCCAUGGAAUAAAACGAACGAACUGGCAAUACCUAUCAAAGUGAGGAUUGAUGGUAGUCGAUGGAAUUAUAAUGACUCAAACGAAGAGCUUACAAUGAGUGUUUAUCCAUCGACAAAAAUACGUGAACUACGCGCUGUUUUUGAAUCCUCACAUAAAUUCUUACCGGUCAAUCAAUAUUUCUUUGUGAAUGGGCAUUUAGCACAUGAAGAUUCUAAUAACAUGGAUAUUGAAGUAUAUGGUAAAUGCCGUAUUCAAUACGUACCUAAUGAUCAACGACGUCCCAACCGGGAUUACUCAGACAGAUCUCAGCUGCAGUUGAUAUAUUAUGCAGAAAAUAGUUAUUCUUUGACAGGCAUCGAUGUAGCGAAUAAUAACUCAGAAAUCUUCAAUUUCCCUCUGAAAUCAACAAAUCAAUACAAAUAUGGGCAGUCUCGAGAUGAACCAGAUGAACUGCGUAGCAAAAGUGGCUUUUAUAGAAUAUGGUUAAACUCAGACUCAAGAGAUCACUUUCAUGAAAAACUGAGACAAACUUAUAGAAAUUUGUCUCAAAAUCCGUUCGCUGAUAAUGAUUUCAGUGGAUUUGAAACCGACGUUAACUUUACCGAUGAAUACCAAGCCAGUAAUUCUUCAACAACAAACGAUCAUCAGCACAAUCAUUCCUUCAAUGAUAUUUCCAAUGCUCCUCAUCAACCACAAGCUCCCCAUGCACCUGCGGUAAAUACUUUAGACCUUUUGCUCAGUGUCCAUGGACUUGGGGAACUUAUUGAAAGCGGUGAUACGUAUGCUGCUGCCCAAUUAGCUACGCAAUUGGCUUUAACGGGAGUUCGACUUCGGGCGAAACCAUCGGGGAAUGAUGCAAAAGAACAAGAGUUUUUAGUCUAUGUUCGCCUUGAUGGCAAUAAAUAUUCGGUUGGUAAGCAUGGUGCAACAAUACCAGUCCAUGUAUUUCCGUCAACAACAGUUCGUGAAUUGCGUGCAGUGUUUGAACUAUCGCAUCAAUCAUUACCCAGUGGACAGUAUCUGUUUGUCAAUGGCCAUUUGGCUCAUGAUGAUGAUUCCAUGAGUCAUUUGAGAGUCGGGCCGAAUACUGUAUUUGUUCUAUUCGAAUUAACGCGUACAAAAGGUCCGUGGAAUUGUUGGAAUUGUAAUAUUAGCAAUCCGCCAAAUGAUUUGGUCUGCUGUACAUGUUCUGCUGCACGUGUGGCCUAA